AUUAAAGGAGUGUGGGUGUGCAAACAGCAGGUUAACAGGGGCAUUUAAGAGUUGAAGCCAGUUUUACUGUUGUCAGAGACGAUGAGGAUGUUUCACAUACUGAGUGCCGUGUUCACUGUCACUCUCCUAGCGAGAGGUUGUGAUGCACAACUUUCAGUAUGUGGCAGGCCUACAUUAUCCACUAAAAUAGUAGGAGGACAGAGUGCUACUGCUGGUGCUUGGCCGUGGCAGGUCAGUCUUCACACUACCUAUCAUUUCUGUGGUGGAUCACUCAUUAACAAUGAAUGGGUCCUGACAGCAGCUCACUGCUUUUCCAGUACUUCAACUGCAUCCCUGACUGUGCUACUGGGUCUACAGACACAGUCAGGAUCAAAUCCAAAUGAGGUCCGCAUGACGGUCUCUGAAAUCAUAAAGCAUCCAAACUACAACAGCAACACUCAUGACAAUGACAUCACUCUUCUGCAUCUGUCUUCACCUGUGAAUUUUACUGACUAUAUAAAACCGGUCUGCCUGCCGUCAAUUGACAGCACAUUCUACAAUGGCACAUCAAGCUGGGUCACUGGAUGGGGAAAUAUUGCCACUGGUGUUAGUCUGCCUUCACCACAAACUCUUCAGGAAGUAAAUGUGCCUGUCAUUGGAAACAGAAAGUGCAACUGCCUUUAUAGUGAAAAUAAGAAAAUCACAAACAACAUGAUCUGUGCUGGACUGAUGCAAGGGGGGAAAGACUCCUGCCAGGGUGACUCAGGUGGACCUAUGGUCAACAAACAGGGCUCAGUCUGGAUCCAGUCUGGGAUUGUGAGCUUUGGAGAAAAGUGUGCUUUACCUGACUUUCCUGGUGUGUAUACCCGAGUUUCUCAGUACCAGAGUUGGAUCAACCAGCAUAUCACCACCAACCAGCCAGGCUUCAUUAAGUUUACCACCAAUGGUACUGACAGUGACCUAAGUGUGAGCUGUGCCAGUGUACCCGCCAUUACAUCAACUGCUGCACCUGUAACUGUUACGACCCCUGCACAGCAAAAUAUGUCCAUCACAACUGUAUGUGGCAGGCCUACAUUAUCCACUAAAAUAGUAGGAGGACAGAGUGCUACUGCUGGUGCUUGGCCGUGGCAGGUCAGUCUUCACAGUACCUAUCAUUUCUGUGGUGGAUCACUCAUUAACAAUGAAUGGGUCCUGACAGCAGCUCACUGCUUUUCCAGUACUUCAACUGCAUCCCUGACUGUGCUACUGGGUCUACAGACACAGUCAGGAUUAAAUCCAAAUUCGGUCAGCCGUACGGUCUCUCAAAUUAUAAAGCAUCCAAACUACGACAGCAACACUAAUGACAAUGACAUCACUCUUCUGCAUCUGUCUUCACCUGUGGUUUUUACUGACUAUAUAAAACCGGUCUGCCUGCCGUCAAAUGACAGCACAUUCUACAAUGGCACAUCAAGCUGGGUCACUGGAUGGGGAAAUAUUGGCUAUGGUGUUAGUCUGCCUUCACCACAAACUCUUCAGGAAGUAAAUGUGCCUGUCAUUGGAAACAGAAAGUGCAAAUGCCUUUAUAGUGAAAAGGAGACAAUCACAAACAACAUGAUCUGUGCUGGACUGAUGCAAGGGGGGAAAGACUCCUGCCAGGGUGACUCAGGUGGACCAAUGGUAAGCAAACAGGGCUCAGUCUGGAUCCAGUCUGGGAUUGUGAGCUUUGGAGAACAGUGUGCUUUAGCUAACUAUCCUGGCGUGUAUACCAGAGUUUCUCAGUACCAGAGUUGGAUCAACCAGCAUAUCACCACCAACCAGCCAGGAUUCAUUACGUUCACCUCCAGUGGUACUGACAGUGACCUUAGCGUGAGCUGUGCCAGUGUACCCGCCAUUACAUCAACUGCACCUGUGGUGUGUGGAAUGGCCAAUCUGAACACUCUUGUUGGAGGAGAUAACUCACUCGCAUCCUCUGGCACGUGGCCUUGGAUGGCCAGUCUACAAUUUAACGGCAGUCACGUCUGCGGAGGAACAAUGGUUGCAGAGCAGUUUGUCAUGACCACUGCCAGCUGUUUUUCCAGAUCAACAAAUGCAUCCCUGUGGACUGUGAUCCUGGGCCGUUUGAAUCAGAACGGUUCCAACCCCAAUGAGGUCUCCGUACAAGUUGCCAACAUCACCAUCAGCAAUUUGACAGGUGACAACAUUGCUGUCGUGCAGCUGGCCAGCGCACCAAAACUCUCAAAUUAUAUUCAACCGAUAUGUGUGGACCUGGGAGGUACUUCCUUCAAUGUUAAUGCUACAUGCUGGACGGCAGGCUGGGGCUCAGGAUCAGCAACACAAACCCUUCAACAAAUCCAAACCACUGUUGUAAAUUGUGGGAACUCAUCUUCAAACAGCAGUAUUUGUACAACUGCCAUGAACUUACAGGAGGGUUAUCAGGGUGGUCCUCUGAUGUGUAAGCAAGGUCUGUCAUGGAUCCAGGCUGCUGUUGUGACGAUACAAAGCAACAGCACUAACACAAGCGUCAGUAACUCCACAGCAGUGAGCCGGAUCGUUCGCGCCCAAGAUAUCCAGGUCUUCACUAAAACCUCAAGCUAUUCAUCAUUCCUGACGUCUGUGGUGGGUUCUUUCCCCCCAAAACAAACAAACAGCACAAGUGCAGCUGUAGGAAGCACCCCGAAUUCCUCCACCAGUGUGUCUCACUUUUCUUUAUGUUUUACAACUGCACUCCUGUUUUUAUUUUCAGCGCUCCAGAUCUUUCAUUGUGAUUGAAAUCAGUGAAGUCUGAGUAGAAACAUUUUGAUUUACCUUGAAUGUGACUGUAAAAUGUGACGAAUAAUGCAGGAUUUCAUUCAAUUCAUCUGACUGAUUAUAGGCUGUUAAUGCUUUAAUCAGAAGACUUUCAUAUUUCUUUUUUACUUGACUUAAGAGAAAUAUUCUUGUAUCAGAUCAGUUGUUAUAUCUUACCGGCUGUAAGUUCAGAAUGACUGCUUAAGUUAAAACUGUAACCCGGGCAUUUUUCUUCUACUGUCUAUACACAUUGCAUUGUACUGUACAAUUUGCAUUGUAGCAUUUCUAUGCAAUCUUGCACUUUAUGGUAAUGUCCCAGUUUGAAGUGUUUCAGUUCUAAUAGCUAAAAUACUGCUACUGUAUCAUAUUUAACACAUUACCUCAAGCUGUACCACACUUGGGUCAUUGCUGUAAGUUAAUAAUGAUCUAAAUUAGAGAAAACUUCAGAAAAUAUUCUAUGAAAAGAUUUGCUAUGAUUUCCUAUGUGCGAACUCUUUUUACCGCAGUUUUCUAAAUGUGAACUGUAAAAUAAUCAAAUGUUUGUAAGUUAACUUUUUUUUACUUUGAAAUGAAAAUAUAACAUUGAUGCUAAAGU